GAGCGACGGGUGCGGAGUAACCUUGGCUAUGAUUGGUCGAAGAGAAAGCAAAGCCAAUGGAGGAUGACGUUGUUGCAAAGUGCAUUGCGUAGAAAUAGCGUCUGAGGCUAGGCCCGCGGGAGGGGCACAAGCUCUAGGGAGCGGCCCUCGCUUGUGAAGGUUUCCGCACGUCCAUCCAGCCCUGGUCCGGCCCCUCCCCGCAGCAAGGAUGCUCCUGGGGUUUCGCAGAGGCCGCAAGAGCCAGUUUAAACACAUCAUCCAUGGCCUCCUACCUGCAGCCAGCAUCGCACCGAAGCCAGCUGUGCCCCGCACACCUCCUCCCCGCAGUCCCAACCCUUCUCCAGAGAGACCAAGGUCUGCCCUGGCUGCAGUCAUCCUCACAACAAGCCUGACAGGCCGGACCGUUGCCAUUCCUCAGCCUCGUCAGAGAUCCUUGUCUGAGAGUGACGCGACCUCUGUGGACAAGGACAGUUUCAUCGAGCCCUAUGCCACCACCUCAGAGCUGAGGCUUCAACCAAAUUGGCAGAAUGAGACAAGAAGAACUUCUUUGCCGUCCUUUGAAAUGCUGGGCUACGGGGAGGAGGAUUCCGACACACACCUGUCGUCCAGCUGCAUGGACUCGGCUGAUGUCGGCACCCGCAGGGAAGAGGGAGGUCUCGGGGAGGCUGUGUAUGCCGUGCCCCACAGAAAUCAGGUUCCGUUGUCACAUACGGUGGACAGUGAAGAUGAGGAAAAUAUUUCUGAGCAAGAUGAGUUUCCAGGCUCACCUCUUACACCAUGGCGUACACAAGAAAUAGAUGGCAAACCUUCGGUUCUGAAUUUAACGGAUGAAAAACCACCAUUAUGUGAAAAGCCUCCACCGUCCCCAGAUAUAACCGGUAGAGCACGGCAGAGAUGUUUAGAAAUAACCAAAGAGAAGUUCCAGGAAAUAAAAGAAGAAAACUUGCAUCUAAGCAAUGCAAAUCAAACCCUUACUCUUGAACUUAACAUAGUAAAACAAGCAUUGAAAGAACUACAGUUAAAACUGAAAAGAACAGAAAAAGAAAAUCGAAAGUUGAAAGAGGCUAAGAAAGCAUCCUCUCAGGAAGGUGGGGUCGCUGCGCCUGAACUACUUUGUCUAAGGAAACAGGCUCAAGAACUAGUGGAUGAAAAUGAUGGGUUGAAAAUGACUGUCCAUCGUUUGAAUGUAGAACUGAGUAGAUAUCAGACAAAAUUCAGGCAUUUAUCCAAGGAAGAGACUUUAAAUAUCGACGGCCUCCCAUCAAAGGGUCCAACACCACCCUGGUUGUUGGAUACAAAGUACCUGUCACCCUUGUUACUGGCAUAUGAAGACAGGAUGAAAGAGAAGGAUGAGCUCAAUGCCACCCUUCAGGAGGAAAUGAGGAUGUUUAGGAUGAGGGUCCAGGAAGUGGUGAAAGAAAACGAAGAAUUGCAUCAGGAGCUAAAUAGAAGCAGUCCAGUUACCAGCAAGGAAUGGCGUCAGCUUCAGACUCACGCAGAACUGGUUUUAGAGGAAAACAAGUUGUUGAUAGAGCAGUUGGAGAUUCAGCAAAGAAAAGUCAAGGACACCCACCAGGAGCGUCUCCAGGAAGUUUCUAAGCUGACAAAACAGCUCAUGCUUCUGGAGACUAAAACCCAGAGCCAAGAAAAGGAGCUCACUCAAAACAAGGAGCAAAUGGAAAUUUUACGUACUGAAUGCCAGGAACUAAAAACAUGCUUGGAUGGCAAAAUUGCAAUGAACGUCCAUGCUUCGAUUGUAAACGAAUUAAAAAGCCAGUUGCAGAAGGAAGAGGAGAAAGGAGGUGCUGAGCUAGAAGAACUGAUGGAAAAGCUGGCCGUCCUGCAAAUGCAGAAAAAGAGCCUGCUGUUAGAGAAGAACCGCCUGACAGCUGAAAACAAAGCACUAGGAGCUGAACUCGAAAGGGCACAGAAAAUAAAUAGGAGGUCUCAAAAGAAAAUUGACGUCCUCAAAAAGCAGGUGGAAAAAGCCAUGGAGAACGAAAUGUCUGCUCACCAGUACCUGGCAAAUCUUGUUGGCCUGGCAGAGAAUAUGACCCAGGAACGCGACAGUCUUAUGUAUUUGGCUAAAUGUUUAGAAAGUGAAAAGGAUGGAGUUCUCAACAAAAUCAUAGAAGGCAACAUUCGCUUGGGAAAGUUAGAGGAAAAAAUCAAGGGGUACAAGAAGCAGGCAGCACUGAAAGUGGGCGACAUCAGUCACCGUCUGACAGAGCAACAGGAAGACUUUGCUAGCAAAACCGCUCAGUACCAGCAAGAGAUGAGACACCUCCAUCAGAUGCUGCGGGACAAGCAGGGUAUCCUGGACCAGGCACUGCAGCAGAAAAGAGAAAUGGAAGGCAAGCUUGAGGUUGUCUGGGAGUCUACCUCUAAGGAGAACCGAAGAAUCCGAGAGCUUCUGCAGGCCACGCUGGAGAGGACCGGCACAUGGGAUGGCACUGGGGAGGCGUGCUGGACGGCUGAGGUUCCAGCUACCGUGACAUGAAGCCACCUCCCACCACCUGCCACAGCCUGGGCCGUGACCAGGACCGCUUGGCCCUGGAGCGCUGCCUUUCCCCGGACCAGAGACACAGGACAAGGGCAGGCACCCGCCUUGCCCCACAGCGUUUCUCUUCCUCGGGGCGAGGUAGAAACAAACUGUCUCAGACAUUUACUCCAUUUUUUACACGUUGCUUUAUGUAAACAAUACAAUGCUAAACUUGA